CGAAUUCUAAAGUCUCGCGAUAUUAGGACUCACGAGACCGCUGCUCGUUCUUUUCCACCGGGUCGCAGGCAAGAUGGCAGAUACCGAGAUCAAGAAGAAGCGUACCUUCAGGAAGUUCACCUACAGAGGUGUGGAUCUGGACCAGCUACUGGACAUGUCUUAUGAGCAGCUGAUGCAACUGUAUUGUGCCCGCCAGAGAAGGAGGCUGAACCGUGGCCUUCGCCGCAAACAGCAGACCCUCCUCAAGCGACUGCGCAAGGCAAAGAAAGAGGCCCCCCCCAUGGAGAAACCAGAGGUGGUGAAGACGCAUCUGAGGGACAUGGUCAUCCUGCCUGAGAUGGUUGGGUCAAUGGUUGGAGUGUACAAUGGCAAGACUUUCAACCAGGUUGAAAUCAAGCCUGAGAUGUGUGGUCAUUAUUUGGGAGAGUUCUCCAUCACCUACAAGCCAGUCAAGCACGGUCGCCCUGAGUGGCCUCAUAGGUUACAGAAUUGGAAGGGUAUCUGGAAAAGUUGUGUAACAAUGAGCAUGGCGGGUGUGGACGGGCUUUUGGACAGCACAGAAGUGGUGGAGAUGGAAGAUGUCCCAUCUCAGUUCUUUGUGGAGAAACACUCUUGGGAGGGACUUCGUGAUAUUAUCCAUUGUAGCAGGAAGUACUCAGGUAUGAUUGCCAACAAGGCUCCCCAUGACUUCCAGUUUGUGCAGAAGACUGAUGAGAAUGGACCCCACUCCCACCGGUUGUACUACCUCGGAAUGCCUUAUGGGAGCAGAGAAAACUCACUACUCUACUCAGAAAUCCCCAAAAAGAUACGGAAAGAAGCACUCUUAGUGUUGUCAUGGAAACAGAUGCUGGACCACUUCCAGGCUACACCUCAUCAGGGGGCCUACUCCCGGGAGGAGGAACUGCUGAGAGAACGUAAACGCUUGGGAGCAUUUGGUAUCACAUCCUAUGACUACCAUUCUAAGACCGGCUUGUUCCUCUUUCAAGCCAGUAAUAGCCUCUUUUACUGUCAAGAUGGAGGCAACAAUGGCUUCAUUCAGUCUUCUCCUGUAAAGCCAGUGGAGAUCAAGACGCAGUGCUCAGGCACUCGAAUGGACCCCAAAAUUUGCCCUGGACACCCAGAUUUUAUAGCCUUUAUCAAUAACAAUGACUUGUGGAUAGCCAACAUUAAGACAGGAGAGGAGAGGAGACUUACAUACUGUCAUAAAGGUUUAGACAAUGUUAAGGAAGAUCCCAAGUCUGCAGGUGUAGCAACAUUUGUCAUCCAGGAAGAGUUUGACCGUUUCACUGGUUACUGGUGGAAUCCGUCAGCAGCAGCAGAUGUUGAAGGAGGUAAAACUAUGCAACUUUUGUAUGAAGAAGUGGAUGAGACAGAAGUUGAAAUUAUUCAUGUUCCAUCUCCGGCACUGGAGGAGAGGAAAGCAGACGCAUACAGAUAUCCUCGUACUGGUAGCAAAAAUCCCCAAGCUACCCUUAAACUAGCAGAGAUCAAGACAGACCAUCAAGGAAGAAUUGUGAGCACACAGGAUAAGGAAUUUGCGGUCCCCUUUACAUCCUUGUUUCCUGGAACAGAAUACAUUGCUAGAGUAGGAUGGACAAGUGAUGGAAAAUAUGGCUGGGCAGUGCUGUUGGAUCGCAGUCAGAGGAAUCUACAGCUUGUUUUAUUGCCUCCAACCCUCUUCAUUCCUGUCACUGAAGACCCAGCUCUGAGGCAUGAGAGUCUGAAGGCUGUCCCCAGCAACACACAACCAUAUAUAAUCUACGAGGAGACCACUGAUGUCUGGAUAAAUGUACAUGAUAUAUUUUAUCCCUUUAUUCAAACAACAGAAGAUGAGUUUUCUUUCAUUUGGGUAAAUGAGUCCAAAUUAGGUUUCAGCCACCUUUAUAAAAUCACCUCCCUGCUACAGCCAGGCUGCAACCAUUGGACAGAGGACUACCAUCACAUGGACAGAAACUUCAAAUGUGCAAUCAAAGAAGAAGUUACACUGACCAGUGGAGAAUGGGAGGUCUUGGCAAGACAUGGUUCCAAGAUCUGGGUGAAUGAGUCUACGAAGUUGGUAUAUUUCCAAGGCACCAGGGACACUCCUCUGGAGCACCACCUGUAUGUGGUCAGCUAUGAGUCACCAGGAGAUGUGGUCAGACUAACAAAGCCAGGAUUCUCUCAUAGCUGCUCUGUUAGUCAGAACUUUGACUUUUUUGUCAGCCACUACAGUAACGUGAGCACGCCACCUUGUGUUCAUUUGUACAAACUCACUAACUCUGAAGAUGAGCCACUACACAUGGUUCCAGAGUUCUGGGCCAGCAUGAUGGAGUCUCCAGGCUGCCCUGGAGAUUACAAUCCACCUGAGAUUUUCGACUUUCCAGGAAAGUCAGGCUUCCAGUUGUAUGGGAUGGUAUACAAGCCUCACAACCUUCAACCUGGCAGGAAACACCCAACAGUUAUCUUUGUGUAUGGGGGCCCACAGGUGCAGCUGGUUAACAACUCCUUCAAGGGGAUGAAGUACCUCCGUCUUAAUACGUUGGCUUCUCUAGGCUAUGCUGUGGUUGUCAUUGAUGGGAGGGGCUCCUGUCAAAGGGGCCUUGAAUUUGAAGGAGCCCUGAAAAACAAAAUGGGUCAAGUGGAGAUUGAAGAUCAAGUUGAGGGAUUGCACUAUGUGGCAGACAAGUUCAACUUUGUGGACCUGAGCCGCAUUGCAAUCCAUGGCUGGUCCUAUGGUGGUUUUCUAUCGCUUAUGGGCCUCAUCCAACGGCCCAACAUCUUCAAAUUGGCUAUUGCAGGUGCCCCAGUUACUGUGUGGAUGGCCUAUGACACAGGCUACACAGAGCGUUAUAUGGAUGUCCCUGAGAACAACCAGCAGGGCUACGAAGAAGGAUCUGUAGCACUGCAUGUGGACAAGUUGCCUAGCGAGCCCAACCGGUUGCUCAUUCUGCAUGGGUUUCUAGAUGAGAAUGUGCACUUUUUCCACACCAAUUUUUUGGUGUCUCAGAUAAUCCGUGCUGGAAAGCCUUACCAGCUUCAGGUCUACCCCAAUGAGCGGCACAGUAUUCGCUGCCCUGAGUCUGGAGAGCACUAUGAGAUAAUGCUGCUGCACUUUCUACAACAAUACCUCUGAAAUGAGACAAUAGAGGAGACAUGAAAUCUACUUCCCUACUGUCUCUCCUCACAUCCCGACCUUAUGCCUAUCUUUACUCCAUCUUCAUUCAGAUAUUUAAAAGCCACAUGCUACAAAUUCCGAUGAAUAUGAACUUACAGUACCAAUAUGUUUUCCUUUUUUACUCUCUUUGUCUUGUUUUGUUACUCCUCCUGUCUCUACUGUGGACUCUCCUGUAUACCAGCCAGAGUAUGCUUUAAAAGCACAGAUUUGGUGUAUCAACCUGUAAAGCAGAACAAAUACAAGGACAUAUGAAAAAAAACAUUUGCUGGCCCUGUCGAAUGCCUCACUUAUAUCUUCAUCUUUAUGAUGGUCUUUGCCAAAUGUUGUUGUGUAGCCCCCCCCCCCCUCCCACAUGUUUUAUUCACUUUUGUCCGUGUUAGAAAAUAGGUUACAGUUCAUGGAUAUGAAAUGGAAUCUACACAAACAUUUUCAGACAUGAGUUUCUGACACUACAUGUACACAUGUAAAAUACAGUUUAUCUUUCACAUAAACAAAGACUCAACUCCUUUCACUCAGUGUUGAAAAAUUCAUACUUAUUGUGACUGUACCAUGCAUUUUGUGGGAAAAAAAGUAGAAGGGAAGGAAGCUCAAGGCUCUUCCUGUGUCCACAUAUUUUAGUGUGUGUUAUUUAGAAUAAAAUAUUUUUAUGGAUUUUUAUUCUUUGUUUUAAAUGAGUGCUAAUGGAAGGUGCUCAUUGAUAUUUUUACCCCAUACCCCCCCACC